UUUUCUACGCUUGAAAAAUUAUUUAAAGAAGCUUUUCCGAAGGAUACCUAUCUAAAUGUUUCUAGAGCCAUUCAGAAGCUGGUUCAAAAUAUGAUUACAUCAGGAGAAGGUGUAGGUAUAGUCUCCUCCUUCUUUACCUUGGACAUUAUGUGCAAAAUGGACUGUGACACAGCAAAGUGCGUGUUUUAUGAUGCGCUUCUGGAAUUAGAACGAGCCAUGCGGCAAGACGUUUGUUUUACAGAGCAGAUUAAGUACGCAUCUAAAGAAGCAAAGGAGGGGAAAAAAUCCCUUGAAGCGACCAACGCGGAGAAAUAUCGCCUCCAUUCUGCUGCAAAGGAAUUUGCUUUUCGUUUACUCGCAAACAAGGUGUCCCCAGAUGAAACCUCGUUUGCAGUACUUCAUGAUAAACAGGAGCAAAUUGAUGCGGCAUUGAACGCAUGGGAAAGUAACAGCCUACAAUUGAAGGAAUCUAUUGCGAAUGCUGCCCACUGUUGGGCUCAAGAUGCUGAAAGAAAUUUUUGUGAAACACGAUCAAAAGUUUCUGCGGUUCUUGAUUCUGGAGUCCGUGCAGCCUUGUUGCUGCAAGCAGCACGACCUCAACUUCCUUCGCUUCCUUUGGCCUCAGGUGAACUUCAGUUUCUAAUCCCUGGGGGAUCUCCUGGGGGCGACCUACUGUAUUUCGACGCCGAGCCAGUUACAGAGGAGUGGAAGAUAUCCAAAAAAUUGAUCACCCUGAGCUGUGAAACGCCAUUAAGCAAGGAGGAACAACAGCAGCUUAUUCAUACACUCUCAUCGGGUGAUGUGUUUAAUCGGCUUGGAAUAAACAUUGAAUUGCUCAGUCGUGUCGCUAUUCACAAUCCAGAUGUAAGUGCUGCUUUAAUAUUGAGACUUCCUCCCCAGGAGGGAAGUCAAUGUAUUCAGCAUAUACUGAAAAGCUCUGUUUCCCCCGAGCACGCCGAAACGGUCCUUUUACAUGCAUCAAAGGCAUUGCAACAAAUCAACCUUCGCGCCUACAUCAGCGGGAAACUUCAACUUUUUAAGGAGAAAACAUCUUUGUCUUCUAGUGAUAAAGACUCAAUAAAAAACUUUAUCAUGACUCUUCAUCAGUUGGUAACUAAGGCUUCAAAAGAGAACAAGGAGAUGUAUAUUGCGGAAGCGUUGAAGAGUGACAUUACUCACUUGUGUGAGAGGUGUGAUCUCCCAGAAGUAAGUGCGAGGUGGGAAGAACUGAAGUAA